AUGGCGGCACCUGCUGAGGAAGUCAUGACCUGGGAGAGGGAUGUAUUUCCCAACCCAGGCAAAGUCAGACCAGAAGAUGUCAAAACUGUGGCAAAAGGACCUCCAACAACCAAGUAUUUUGAAGUGUCGUUUGUGUCAAAGGAUGUUGGGAUUACCCCACAUUUAAUUUAUUUUGAGUGUGUAAGUCAGGCUUUAAUGACGAUGCGGGGACGUGCGUCAAUGUGCCUGAGAUGUAAAUGUGUUGGACACGUAAGGAGCUCCUGUCCGUAA